CCCAGUUGAGGGGAUUUGGCGGGAAAACGAAAACCAUCGCCACUUCAUCAGCCGUUGCUCUCCCUCCAAUUUUCCGUCGCCAUUAGCCAAUAUGGAUUCCGAUUCCGAUUCAGGCUCAGACGUCUCUCACGUCUCCGCCACUCCUCCGAGAACUCCAAAUCCGCCGCCGCCGCCGUCUCUUUCGCUCACUUCAGCCUCCAAUGCCAAUCGUAGGUUCAGUAAAGCCUCUUCUUCACUCGCGCAUGUCAGAUCGAAACCCCCAAAAUCCUCCUCCAGGCCCAGGGUUGCUAAACGGUCCCCAUCACCCGAUGCGAAACCGUCCAAGGAUGAAUCGCCUCCACCAGAUUGGACUCCCCUUCCAACACUGCCGUUUCAAAUCCGUCGGGCGUCUGAUCAGAUUCGUGCAAUUUCGUCCUCCGAAUCAAUGGAGAUGCUUCCAGCCGGCUUCUUCUCAAAAUCUUCUUCGUUCUCGAAAUUCCGUAGAUCCUGUCUUAAUCUUGAGACUUCCGAGGAUGAUCGGUCUUUAUCGGAGCCGAGCCAGCAGAACAAUGUUGAAACUGAGAUCGCCAGUUGUUCAACGGCUGAUUGGGGAACUAAAGAUGAAUUAUUUAGUCCCGCGAAUCCAGUGAAGUUCGUUAGGAAACAUCCUAACUUGAUAGGAGCUCGUGUACCUGUUCCGCCAGUCAAAGUGCGCAAAUGUGGAGGUGAAGGAAACUUCGUGAAACUUAACAUGAAUGGCAGGAAACGGAAAUUUGUUAAGAAAACCAGCGGGAGAAAUUACGGCCAACGGGGUAGUUUCCGGCCCUAUAGAAGGACUAAGACAAAAUUAAAAACUGAAGAUUGCCUCGAGACGGCUGGUUUAUGCGAUGAAGAUGGUUUGGUUACAGAAACAACGCAACAGAAGCAGAAGCAGGGCAAUGGACGAGCGAAAUUUGAUCCCAUUACCAUUGAAGAGACUAUAUCCAACGUGCGGAAUGACCCAUCUAAUGAUAACUUGGUGCAGCUGUUGAAGUUAGUUUAUGGAUAUGAUUCUUUCCAAGAUGGUCAGUUGGAAGCAAUCAAGAUGGUGCUGGCCAAGAAAUCCACGAUGGUUGUUUUGCCCACUGGUGCUGGUAAAUCGAUUUGUUAUCAAAUACCGGCAAUGAUUCUACCUGGGAUAACCGUGGUUGUCAGUCCUUUGGUGGCAUUAAUGAUCGAUCAGAUAAAACAAUUGCCACCUGUAAUUCAGGGUGGUUUCUUAUGCAGCAGUCAGAGACCUGAAGAAGUAUCUGAAAUAGUGAGGCUGCUUAUUCAAGGGACGAUGAAGGUGCUUUUUGUUUCACCUGAAAGGUUUCAGAACACAGAUUUUCUGUCAAUAUUUUCUGGCGGCUUAGUGGUAUCACUUCUUGUGGUGGAUGAGGCACACUGCAUAUCUGAAUGGUCACACAAUUUUCGACCAUCAUAUAUGAGGCUUAGAGCAUCUCUACUUCGUGCUCAACUCAACGUUAACUGCAUUCUUGCAAUGACUGCAACGGCAAAUACUGCAACUAUUCAAGCAAUCAUGACCGCAUUAGAAAUUCAUUCAGACAAUCUCAUUCUCAAGUCUACUGUGAGGACAAAUCUACAGUUGUCAGUUUCAAUGAGUAAAAACAGGGUGAAAGAUCUACUGAUGCUAAUCAAGUCUUCUCCCAUAACUGAAGUUCAGAGCAUUAUUAUAUACUGCAAGUUUCAGUCCGAAACUGAUUUGAUAAGCAGAUACUUGUGUGAUAAUGGCAUCUCUGCAAAGAGUUAUCACAGCGGUCUUCCAGCUAAAGAUCGUAAACACAUACAAGAGAACUUUUGUUCAAACAAGAUUAAAGUGGUUAUUGCAACUGUGGCUUUUGGCAUGGGACUUGACAAGAGGGAUGUUGGCGCUGUAAUCCAUUAUAGCAUGCCGGAAAGCUUGGAGGAAUAUGUUCAACAUUUCUUGCAGGAGAUAGGGCGUGCUGGUCGGGAUGGUAGAUUAUCAUACUGUCAUCUAUUUCUUGAUAAUGACACAUACUUCAAGCUUCGAAGUCUUAUGCACAGUGAUGGAGUUGAUGAAUACAAUAUAAACAAAUUUCUCAGUGAAGUAUUCACUGAUAAGAACUUGUGUGGAAAAGUGUGUUCAAUAGUCAAAGAACCUGCGUCUCGUAAAUUUGAUAUAAAAGAAGAGGUGAUGAUUACAAUUCUAACGUACUUGGAGCUGGGAGAAAUACAAUACUUGCGUCUACUUCCUCAGUUAAACGUGACUUGCAUUUUGAAUUUCCAUAAGACUUCACCAGCGAUGCUUGCUGAGAAAGAUACCGUUGUUGCAGAAAUUUUAAAGAAAUCUGAAACUAAGCAAGGGCAGCAUGUUUUUGACAUGAUCACGGUGGUCAAUAGCAUUGGGAUUUCAGCUACCAGUCUCUCAAAUCAUUUGCAAAAUCUUAAGUUGAAGGGGGAAGUAACAUACGAAAUGAAGGAUCUGGCCUACUGUUAUACAAUUUUGAAAAUUCCUGAAGAUUUUUGUUCUCUGUCAGCACAUCUUAGAAAAUGGUUAUCUGAGAUCCAGACUAGCAAGGUUAGGAAACUGGACGCCAUGUUUGAUGCAGUGACUUCGGCUGUGAAUUCAUGUGAAAAGAAGACUCAUGGAUGCUUCAACUACCAGCAGACACCAUGCUUGGAAGGGAAGAUUUGUUCUUAUUUCCAGCAAGGUGAUAGUUAUGAUAUUCCAAAUAAGAUGAAUCAGAGCAGCCCAUUCCUGCGAGCAGAUAUAAAAGUCUUUUUGCAGAGCAACUCACAGGCUAAGUUCACUCCCAGAGCCGUUGCAAGGAUUAUGCAUGGCAUUGGAAGCCCGGCCUAUCCUUCAGCAAUCUGGUCUAGAACUCAUUUCUGGGGUAGGUAUACACAUGUCGAUUUCCAGACAGUAACAGAAGCAGCAGCGGUAGAGCUCGUAAACUUUGUCAGGAAGGACGCUGCAUCCUAGCUUGUUAUGAACAGACAGGAACUUUCUCAAAACUAUUAUUGAGCAUCUAGAACCAAAGGCUAUGCAGUUGACACAAAAUGUGAUCAUGAGUCUGCUAUUGCCAUUAACAAUCUAGAAGCAGAUGGUCCAUUUUGUUCUUAACAGAGCCUAAUGGUCCCGAGUAGAAGAAACAAUAUCGAUUUGAAGAAGAGAGUUUCCAUUACCAUCCAUCAAGUUGCCGAGUAAUUUAUACAAACUUAUUGACUGCUCAGGCCCAUUUGCCUUAUUCAUUGACUUCGUACGAAUAAUGCAACUUGUACUGUAAAACUACAGAACUUGUAUAUUAUGGUACAAAUUUUGGUGAUCCUAAAUAGGUGUCCUACCACUUUUUUCCCUUUU